AUGUCUUCCGCAUCAUCCGCUAUCGCGGGUCCGUCUCAAUCCAAGGUCGAGACCAACUCGCGAGGCAUCCCGCACGCUCCUUUCAUCUCCAACGUGCAAGAGUAUCUUGGAGGUCCGGACGAGGAGGUCGAGCCAACACUCAAAAAGUUCCAGGAGACCAUGUCCAAGUACAAGUUCAUGGAGCUCAACACAGCACAACGACGCCGAGGACUCGAAGAGAAGAUCCCUGACAUUCGCAAGACCCUCCAAAUGGUCACCUUCCUGAAGGACAAGAAGGAUGAUCCGGAAUCGAUAGAGACGACCUUCGAGCUCAAUGACACACUCUACGCGAAAGCGAAACUGGACCCCGUCAACACUGUGCAUCUUUGGCUAGGCGCCAACGUCAUGCUCGAAUACCCGCUGGACGAAGCCAUCUCCCUACUGACCGGCAAGCUUUCAGGCGCAGAAAAGUCGCUCACGACCUCGAAAGAAGACCUCGACUUCCUUCGCGAGCAGAUCACCAUCAUGGAGGUCAACACGGCGCGAGUGCACAAUUGGGACGUCAAGCGCCGCCGCGAGCGCAGGGAACAGCUCGAACGCGACGGCCUCACCGAGGGUGCCUCCAAAUCACAGGCCUCCAGCAGCAGGUGGCUUUCCGAUGACCGUGACAAGAGCGAGACAAAUACGAGCAGAGCUGAGAAGAGUGCACAGCCAUCCGAGAACGGACUUGAUGAGCAGGAGCAGCACGAAGAGCGACCGACUGCAGACGAUCAAACGGUAGUCGCCGCGAAAUCGUCUACGAGCUCUACACCUGCGGAAGAAGCCAUGCCCGCGUCUGCCACAAUGACGCCAGACGUAGCCCAGUCGACAUCAGUCAAAGCGCAGGACAGUCCCGAAGAAGACGCCCCAGUACCUCCAGCAGCAGACCAGCAGCAAGCUCACGACGUCGUCGCUGCGGGCAACCCCAUCGACUCGGUGCUGCCCAACAAACAGCCCAAAGAGUCCACCUCUACCACCGUACCUCCCCCUAUCGACCGUUCCCACCUCCCUGCCUCGCUCACCACCCCCACCUCCACGGACCCCUCCACAUCGCACACGCUCAUCGUUCCCCCGCUCAACUUCGCCAUGGUCUCCCGCGGUAUCUACCGCUCUGGCCACCCGAACGAGCGAAACUUCGAGUUCCUCCGGCGUCUCAACCUCAAAUCCGUGCUCUACCUGGGUACGGAGGAUUAUCGAUCCAACAUGACCAACUGGACAGCGUCGCAGGGCAUUCAGACGUUCCAUCUGAGGUUGGCGAUAAACAAGGAACCGACGGCAGAGAUGGAUGAGAAGGACGUGGUGAAGGCGUUGCAGCUGAUUCUGACGCCGAGCAACUGGCCCAUCCUCGUACACUGCAACAAGGGCCUUCGCCGCGCCGGAGUCAUCGUGGGCUUGUUAAGGAGGCUACAAGGUUGGAGUCACACGAGUAUCUUCGAGGAGUACAGCAGAUUCGCAGGGACAAAGAUCAGCGACCUCGAAUAUAUCGAGGUGUUUGAUUUGGAUCAGGUCAAGCUCACGUAA